AAGAAAUGUGAUCAACGAUGCACAUAUCUGAUUUCAUUGACCUCGUGGAUCGGUGCUACCCAACCUUUAAUUAGCCCCCUGUUUAAAGCCAAACGCAAUCAAAUCUGUAUCCUCCCGCGGAAAAGCUCACGAAAGCACCCCCUGGACGGCCGAUUCCUCGAACACCUUUGCUUGUCGAUGCCAUGGGGGCGCCGUCCCCCGCGGUUUGGCGGCUGGAGGACGCGGUCAUCGCGAGGCUCCGUGCCUGCGCCACGUUCCGGGACGUCCUCCGCGCGCACGGCCACGCCGUGCGGCUGUGCCUCUCCCAGAGCAGCUACGUCGCCACCCAGAUCGUCCACCUCUGCAACGCCCACGGCCGCGCCGAGCACGCCGCGCGGGUUUUCGCCCAGGUCCCCGAUCCGAACCUCCACCUCCACAACGCCAUGAUCAAGGCCUACGCGCAGAACCACCUCCACCGCGACGCGGUCGAGGUCUACGUCCGCACGCUCAGGUGCCUCCCGCUCCCUUCGAGCGGGGGAUUCUCCGGCGGCGACCGGUUCACGUACCCGUUCCUGCUCAAGGCCUGCGGCGGCCUGGCGGCGGUCGAGCUGGGAAGACAGGUGCACGCGCACGUGGUGAGGUCUGGGUGCGAGGCACACGACAUCGUGCGGAACUCCAUGAUCGAGAUGUACACGCGAUGCGGCGACCUGUCGCUCGCGCGCAGGGUGUUUGAUGAAAUGCGGAACAAGGAUGCGGUGUCCUGGAACACGCUCAUCUCGGCGCACGCGAGGCUGGGGCAGAUGAGGAGGGCGCGGGCGUUAUUCGAUUCAAUGCCAGACAAGACGGUGGUUUCCUGGACGGCGUUGGUGUCCGGGUACACAGCAGUGGGCGACUUCGCCGGCGCAGUCGAGGUGUUCAGGCUGAUGCAGAUGGAAGGCUUCGAGCCAGACGACGUCAGCAUCGUCGCGGUGCUGCCGGCCUGCGCCCAACUGGGGGCCCUGGAGCUAGGCCGGUGGAUAUACGCUUACUGCAACAAGCACGACAUGCUGCGCAAGACAUACAUCUGCAACGCGCUGAUGGAGAUGUACGCCAAGUGCGGGUGCAUCGACCAAGCGCUGCAGCUGUUCGACGGCAUGCCCGAGAAGGACGUCAUCUCGUGGAGCACGGCGAUCGGCGGCCUCGCGGCGCACGGGAGGGCGCGCGAGGCGGUCUGGUUGUUCGAGGCCAUGGACAGAGAAGAAAGGGUGAGGCCGAACGGCGUCACGUUCGUGGGGCUCUUGUCCGCCUGCUCCCACGCGGGGCUCCUGGACGAAGGCCUGCGGUACUUCGACCGCAUGAAGGAAGCCUACGGCGUCGAACCCGGCGUCGAGCACUACGGCUGCCUCGUCGACCUCCUCGGCCGGUCAGGGCGAAUCCAGCGCGCUCUGGAGACCGUACGAGGCAUGCCGGUUCCCGCCGACGCUAAGAUAUGGGGGUCGCUGCUCAGCGCGUGCCGCAGCCACGGCGACGUGGACACGGCCGUGGUGGCGGCCGAGCGCCUGGUCGAGCUGGAGUCGGGCGACGUGGGCAACCUCGUGAUGCUCGCCAACGUGUAUGCCUCGGCGGGGCGGUGGGACGACGUGGCGAGCACGCGGAAGGAGAUAAGGAACCGGAGCACGAGGAAGACGCCUGGGUGUAGCAUGAUCGAGGUGGACAACGUGGUGCGGGAGUUCGUCGCUGGGGAGGACCUGGGGCCUGAGCUGGGAGGCCUUGCUGCCGUGCUGGAUAUGCUGGCCUCGGAGCUUGCGGACGAUGAUGAAGAACUCAUUGAUUCAGAUUGCUGGGUUAAUGCAAACGUUUUUGCUAGUGACUGAUUACUGUUAAUCGGUCACGCAGAUAUCUUGCAAGAGCAAAAUCAGAGAUAAGCAGGCUCAUUCCAGCAAGCAAUGAUUUUGGCUUGUCAGAUUUUGGUCAGCGUAGCACUUUGAUGCCAAGGGACUCUCUUCUGUAAAAUCAGCAUACAAGGUGGCACUGGCAAACAGAGAUGCAAGUGAUGCUAGCUGUGAUGCCUCCGGAUCUGAUGUCCUCCGGCUCCAGGAGGAGUGAGUUUGAGUGGCACAAGAUUUGGCAACUAAAAGUCCCCAACAAAGUUAAGACGUUUAUA